AUGUCACGGAACAUUUCCAGGGAAAAGAAUGCGGAGAGGAAGCGCCAAAUGAAACAAAAACUGACGACCGCAAAGCAUAAACUGAAGAAGAAGCUGCGCGGAAAGCCCCACAGCAUCAGUUUCCACUAUCAACUGUUCCUUUACCGCCAGGAGCUAAGGCGCGCCAACACGGACUACUCCUACUUACGCCUUUCGCGGGCAAAAAUUAUGCUCACUUCCGAGCUCAUUGCGAAGAAUGUGAACACCGGCAGCAAACUCAAUAGUCUCGACGAUCUCAAGAUGCUAAGUCGUGAGGUGCAAUUCAAGAAACGGCUUUGUACUCAAGUAGAGCGCUUGGAGCAGUUUCGAGAGCUGGGCUUGACCGAUGUGGUCCUGAAUGGAAAAAGGACGGCACUUUAG